GUGGCGGCGGCGGCGGCAGCGGCUGCUCCAGUCGGCUCCGGGCGGCCCCCGCGCCGCAGCCCGCGCCGUGUCCGCGGCGGAGCCGCCCAGGUGCCCGUGAGGAUGGUGGCGGGGCCCUAGGCCCAGGCUCCACACCAUGACCUGCUGGUUGUGCGUCCUGAGCCUGCAGCUCCUGCUCCUGCCCGCUACCCCUCCCCUAGCAGGGGGCUGCCCUGCGCGUUGCGAGUGCACAACGCAGACGCGCACGGUGGCCUGUCCCCGGCGCCGGCUGACCUCCGUGCCCGACGGCAUCCCUGCAGAAACGCGCCUGCUGGAGCUCAGCCGCAACCGCAUCCGCUGCCUGAACCCAGGCGACCUGGCCUCCCUGCCGCUGCUGGAGGAGCUGGACCUGAGCGAGAACAUGAUUGCGCACGUGGAGCCCGGCGCCUUUGCCAACCUGCCGUGCCUGCGCAUCCUGCGCCUGCGCGGCAACCUGCUCAAGCUCAUCCCGCCUGGGGUCUUUACGCGCCUGGACAACCUCACGCUGCUGGACCUGAGCGAGAACAAGCUGGUCAUCCUCCUGGACUACACCUUCCAGGACCUGCGCAGCCUCCGCAGGCUGGAGGUGGGCGACAAUGACCUGGUGUUCAUCUCGCGCAGGGCCUUCGCAGGAUUGCUGGCACUCGAGGAGCUGACCCUGGAGCGCUGUAACCUCACGGCGCUGUCGGGCGAGUCGCUGGGACACCUGCGGGGCCUGGGCACCCUGAGGCUGCGGCAUCUGGCCAUCGCGGCCCUGGAGGACCAGAACUUCCGCCGGCUCUCAGGGCUGCUGCAUCUGGAGAUUGAUAACUGGCCGCUGCUGGAGGAGGUGGCGCCGGGCAGCCUGCAGGGCCUCAACCUGACCUCGCUGUCGGUCACCCACACCAACAUCACCGCCGUGCCGGCCGCCGCGCUGCGCCACCAGGCCCACCUCACCUGCCUCAACCUGUCACACAACCCCAUUAGCACGGUGCCGCGGGGGUCCUUCCGCGACCUGGUCCGCCUGCGUGAGCUUCAUCUGGCUGGGGCCCUGCUGGCAGUGGUCGAGCCGCAGGCCUUCCUGGGGCUACGGCAGAUUCGCCUGCUCAACCUCUCCAACAACCUGCUGUCCACGUUGGAGGAGAGCACCUUCCACUCAGUCAACACGCUGGAGACGCUGCGCGUGGACGGGAACCCGCUGGCCUGCGACUGUCGCCUGCUGUGGAUCGUGCAGCGACGCAAGACCCUCAACUUUGACGGGCGGCUGCCGGCCUGCGCCUCCCCGGCCGAAGUCCGCGGAGACGCGCUGCGCAAUCUGCCGGACUCCGCGCUCUUUGAGUACUUUGUGUGCCGCAAGCCGAAGAUACGCGAACGGAGGCUGCAGCAGGUCACGGCCACCGCGGGCGAGGAUGUACGCUUCCAGUGCCGCGCGGAGGGCGAGCCGACGCCCACCGUGGCCUGGGUGACGCCGCAGCACCGCGCUGUGACCGCCGCCAGCGCUGGCCGGGCGCGCUUGCUGCCGGGUGGCACGCUGGAGAUCCGCGACGCACGGCCGCAGGACAGCGGGACCUACACAUGCGUGGCCAGCAAUGCCGGCGGCAACGACACGUAUUUCGCCACGCUGACCGUGCAGCCGGAGCCGGCUGCCAACCCCACACCGGGUGAGGGCCACAACGAGACGCUGGCGGCUGCGCGCUUCCCGCUGGACCUCACCACCAUCCUGGUGUCCACGGCCAUGGGCUGCAUCACCUUCCUGGGUGUCGUCCUCUUCUGCUUCCUGCUCCUCUUCGUGUGGAGCCGGGGCCGCGGGCAGCAUAAGAACAACUUCUCUGUGGAGUAUUCCUUCCGCAAGGUGGACGGGCCGGCUGCUGCCUCAGGCCAGGGGGGCGCCCGCAAGUUCAACAUGAAGAUGAUUUGAGGACUCUGGGGUCGACCUCAAACUGCCCUUCCCUGCUGGGGUUGUGGGCUCCUAGUGGAGCCGGGAGAGCCAGUCCCCACCAGCCCCUCACCAGCCCGUUGAUGACACCUAUGCAUUUUCCACAGGGGCUGCUGCAAGCCGGUUCCUGGCAGAACUUCCCUUUUUUUGUAGAAACCCAACCACAGAACUGCUUUUUUCAUCAGGAUGCAUCUUUUGCAGUUUCUCAAGCGUUUUCUAAGGCCUCCGCCCUUCCCGGCGCUGAGUGAUCGCUGAGCUGUGUGGGGGUGUAGUGGGGGCUCGGAGAUCCCCAGGGUCUUCAGAGCUCACAGUUCACUCCCAGGAGGUACACAGCUGCCCACAGCCCCCUGACAGCUCACACCCCAGCAGAGAUGGUCUAUACCCAGGAUGCAUAGGGGGCAGCCCAGCCCCAAGGGGAGGGUGCACAAAAGCCUAUACUGUUCACACCUGGACACCCACACCUGACACCCAGCGCACACGUAUUCACACCCAGGAUACAAUCGUGUGCAUAGCUCUGCAGUGGAACACCAGACACCCAGCUGACAUUAAACAGGUACCUGAACUCUGCAGCUCACCUCGGGCACACAGGGCUCUCGUGAGAGCACAGCUCACACCUGGGACAAGCAGCUGAAAUUUAGAACACAGCCAGCUCACAUGUGAGACACACCCAGCUCCUGCUCAGCUGGCCGUCGGGGGCCGGACAGACCUUGGGGGCUGGGCUAAGGUCAGCGUCACCCUGAGAAGGCCCAGCGCACCAGGUGGUCCCUGACAUGCUGGACCCACCCCCACCCCCAGAUUCCCUCUCACCAGGAUCCACUGGCCCAGCAGGGCAGGCCGCCACCAGGAGAAGCCAUCUCCCCAGAUUCCUCCUCCACCCUCACAGCUGCCACUUCUUUUUUUCUCUUCUUCCGCCUCCCCUCCCCCCAGUCUGGUUCAAGCCACUGUCUCUCAGUCUAGUGGUGUAGGACACAGCUCCCUGGCCCAUGCUGGUAUUAUGAGCCUUGCGAUCCCCCGGCUGAGUCAGUUGGUCGCCAGUUGACUGCUCACAGCAGCUCAUGGCAGCUCUUGCUGGCUGCUGGCUGCUCACAAUGGCUGCCGGCCAUUUACGUUGGCCACCGGCCGGCUGCUCAUGGCAGCACACGGUAGCCCACAGCAGCCCACAGCAGCUCAUGCUGGCUGCGGGCCACUCACGCUGGCUGCCCAACUACAGGGAGAGCUGUUGUUCACAGUCUUAGCUGUAGAGGGCACAGCUCACUGGCCCAUGUGGGAAUCGAGCUGGUGACCUUGGCAUUAGAGCAAGGCGCUCCAACCACCUGAGCCACCAGGCCAGCCCGCCACUUCCUUCUUGAGCCCGCACCAGGCAGGAGAGGCAGCUGACCUGGCCCCUGGACCAAGACCAUGGCUUCUAGGGUGUCCCUUUCCAGGCGGCCAGCUGGAGUGACCCUCAAUCCUGAGUCUAGCCCCUGAGUUAGCCCCAUGUCCCAUAGCUCACCUGGGCAAUGAGACUAGAGAGUGUGGGCAACUCUCAAGGUCCCUCUUAUGUGCACUGUAGGACAGCAAUGGGGAGAAAGGCCAGAACAGGGGCUCAGGCUACAGGGAGGCCUGGAUCUGCAUCAUUGGGAGGUGACAGAGGCACCUUGGUCUCUGCAAUUUUGGAGCAGAUCUAGGACUAAAGAGUAGGCAGACUGUGACUCAGGUUAAAGAAGAGUUUCCCCAAGGUUACUGCCCCAUUGCUCUUCAGAUAGUAAGUUCCCUGUCACUAGGGGGUAAGCAAGUAGGAACUGAGGUUUUGCAGAAGUAUUCAGACACCGGAGAGGGACCAUUCAUGACCCUGCCUCCCAGCCUGGUUCUUGCCCCCACUUUCUACCUCGGCCAGACAACGGUUAGGGCAUCAUUGUGGGGAAAAGGGCACAGGAAAUGUUGUGGGGUCUGACCUCAGCCAGAAAGGAGCUUGGCCACCAGCCAGGAGGUUAGGACAGUAUUCUCAAGGACCUUGUGGGAAGACUGGAAGCCUUCUCCCAGCUGUGUAUUCUCAGUUGGUGACUGAGGACCACUUAGACCAUCGAUGUCCUCAUCUGUAAAAUGGGUCUGAGGGUUAAACUUAUCACUAUAUAUACAGAGGCCAGGCCAUGGAUGGGUUUGAUGGUGAACUUGGAUCCUGGACCCCUCAUGAUCUUUCUGAGAUGAGCCAGAGAGAAAGCUGAGUAAAACCUGGAGUUUUUCAGCAAAGGAUUCAGACAGAACUGGGAAGGAGACACCAGCAGUUCUCCCUGGGCUGUGGCUGAGGACAUUGGAGGCCCAGGUCCUGCUCCCACGAUGUACACGUGGCCAGCAGGCCAGGUGGUGGGCCACUGACCAUGGCCAGCCAGGGUUGGGACCCCGUCUCAACCCCACUCGAGGAGGGAAGUGAAUGAGGGCCAAAGGGGAUGUCCAGCAGCCCUAAACUCCACCUAAGUUGAGCAGAACUCACUAGUUUUUUCCCUUUAGCAUCCUCCUGACCUUGGUUGCCAUGACAACCCUGAGGGCCUUUCAAAACGACAUCCAAGUGCCUUUAGCAUCAUCAAGACCAGAGGGGGUAUGUUCUCUGCAGCGUUGGGAUUUACAGAAUGUCACAUAGUGGGGUCCCCCAGCCCCCUCUGCCCACCCCCGUUCCAACAUGAACCAACACCUCCCAUCUCCCACCCCACCCUGCUGUAUUUGGUUGGAAUCUAAUAAAAA